AUGCAGCCAACUCAUCCCAUCCGACUCGCACUGGCGCUAAACUUCUCAGUCUUCUAUUAUGAGAUAUUCCAUGCACCUGAUCGAGCUCGCCAGUUAGCCAAGGAGGCACUCGACGAUGCGAAAGUGGAGCUGGACACCUUGAAGGAGCACAGUUCCAAGGACUCUACGCUCAUCAUGCAACUCCUUCGAGAUAAAAUCACGCUUUGGACAUCGGAAAACCAAGAGUUAGGAGACGAGCAGCCCGAGGGACGUGACAACUAG